GCCUUGACAGCAUUAGGGAUCCUCGAAAAGCACAAGUAACAACCAUUACUACGGAGCCUUCCUUGUGAUUGCUCAUUGCAAUGGAUGUAGCUGGUCUGAAAAAUUCUAAAAUGGUUGUCAAGAAUGGAGGACAAACUGAUUGCUGCGGUGAUUUCACGAUGAUGAAGAAGAGGGAUGAUGAUUCUGUAAAGAGAAAGAACAACAAUGAGAAUUCAAAGAUGCUGGCAUCUGAUGCCCUGCUUCUCCCAUUGGGACUCGCCAACAAGUUCUUCUUUCUGGUUUUCUUCGCAUCAUCAUAUUUCCUGAUGAGGAGAUGGAGAGAGAAGAUGGGUACCUCAACGCCUCUCCAUGUUGUCAACUUUGGGGAGCUUGUGGCCAUUGUGGCCCACUUGGCCUCCUUCAUAUAUCUGCUGGGAUUCUUUGGAAUUGAUUAUGUCCAAAACUUUAUCAGUGGCAAUGAUGAUUUUGUUGGGAAGGUGGAUCUCAACAUGCCUCCAACAACCUGUGGGAUAGCAGACAUAGAGGAAAUUGUUGUUAAGAAACCUGAGGUCCAGCUCAAGGGAAUUAACCUUGGUGAGAAUGAGGAUGAAGAGAUUGCAGCUGCUGUAUGUAACGGCAUUGUAGCCUCCUAUUCUCUUGAAUCAUCCCUUGGGGACUGCAAGAGAGCUGCCUCUGUCAGGAGGAGGGCUUUGGAGAUCAUGACUGGGAGAUCGCUUGAUGGGUUGCCAUUAGAGGGUUUUGAUUAUCAGUCCAUUCUUGGUCAGUGCUGUGAGAUGCCUGUGGGUUAUGUACAAAUCCCUGUGGGUGUAGCAGGCCCCUUACUAGUCAAUGGGUUAGAGUACAUGGUGCCCAUGGCAACCACAGAAGGGUGUCUGGUGGCCAGCACCAACAGAGGUUGCAAAGCCAUUCUUAUGAGUGGUGGGGCUACAAGCAUUCUUCUCAGAGAUGGCAUGACUAGGGCUCCUGUUGUAAGGUUUCAGAGUGCCAAGAGGGCUGCAGAGCUCAAGUUCUAUAUUGAGGAUCCCGCGAACUCUGAUAACCUCUCUGACAUCUUCAAUAGGACAAGCAGAUUUGCUAGGCUACAAGGUAUCAAAUGUGCAAUUGCAGGCAAGAAUUUGUACAUGAGAUUCUCAUGUUUCACUGGAGAUGCCAUGGGCAUGAAUAUGGUCUCAAAGGGUGUUCAGAAUGUCUUGGAUUAUCUUCAACUUGCGUUCCCUGACAUGGAUGUGAUCAGCGUUUCUGGCAAUUUCUGUGCAGACAAGAAGCCCACAGCAGUGAAUUGGAUUGAAGGACGUGGGAAAUCGGUAGUGUGUGAGGCCAUCAUAACAGAGACGGUUGUGAACAAGGUGUUGAAGACGACAGUUCCAGCGUUGUUGGAGCUGAACAUGCUCAAGAACCUGACUGGGUCUGCAAUGGCAGGCGCCAUGGGAGGAUUCAAUGCCCAUGCUGCCAACAUUGUGUCAGCUGUGUUCAUUGCAACAGGCCAAGAUCCUGCUCAAAAUGUGGAGAGCUCCCACUGUCUUACUAUGAUGGAAGGGGUGAAUGGGGGCAAGGACCUGCACAUUUCGGUGACCAUGCCAUGCAUAGAAGUGGGGACAGUGGGAGGAGGAACUCAAUUGGCAUCACAGGCGGCAUGUUUGAACAUGCUUGGAGUGAAAGGAGCAAAUAGGACAUCCCCUGGUGAGAAUGCGCAGAACUUGGCAAGAAUAGUGGCAGGUGCAGUUAUGGCAGGAGAGUUGUCUCUCAUGUCUGCUCUUGCUGCAGGGCAGCUCGUGAAAAGCCAUAUGAAGUACAACCGAUCAACCAAGGAUGUCAAAGCAGCAGCCCACUAAAAGAGUUGAGGCGGCGUCCACAGCAUUCUGUGGAAAUCACAUUUUAGUCCAAAACAGAGGAUUACUUUGUCGCUUAUCGGGUAAUACAAUGUUGAAGGAAACCAAAUCGAGAAUUUAAAACAUUGAUCUAUCUUGAAGUUCCAUAUCGGAGCCCACAUACAUUAGGGAUGUGUUUAAGACCCACGUACGCAAGAUUUCCUCCAUAAAAAUAUUCAAACAAUGAUCGUAGCCCACAUACAUUAGGGAUGUGUUUAAGACCCACGUACGCAAGAUUUCCUCCAUAAAAAUAAUCAAACAAUGAUCGUAGCCCACAUACAUUAGGGAUGUGUUUAAGACCCACGUACGCAAGAUUUCCUCCAUAAAAGUAUUAAAACAGUUCAUCAUUGUAAAAGUAUUAAAACAGUUCAUCAUUGUAGUACUUGUGUUACACAAGUAUUAAAUGUAAUUAUUUUUUGUU